GCUAUGAGGACAGAUUCAUCAAAAAUGACGGAUGUGGAGCCUGUGGUCAACCAUUUUGCAUCAUCAGCAAGGGCAGGCCGCCGGAAUGCUCUAGCAGACAUCCAGGGUUCAGCUGCCACAGGCGGAAGCUCGGAGUUGCCCCUCAAACCGGAGGUCCUCUCCAUGAAGGAAGAUGUGAAAAAGAAAGAUAAAGAAACAGCACAAGACCAAUUGGAAAAGCCCAAAGAUGAAGGAAAAUGA